UAGCGCGUGUGGACGAACGCCACAGAGAGGUGCCUGGAUUAAACAUGGCGAUUCUGAACCACGGCCCACCAUACUGAGCGCUUCCUCUUGGGCCUGUCUGUCUUUUCCUUCUUUACGCUUGUUCUUCUUCUCAGCGUGGAGCGACAGAAAAUAAGCCAACCCUACAUUUCACACUCCCUGCAUUGAUCCAGGCAACAUGGACUCCACAAACAGCACCCUCAACUCAACUCUGACUCCUUUAACUCUCAACUACUCGCUCCCACCACCGGUCAACCUUUCCACAACCGUAUACCCUGACCUUCAUCACCCGGUCCCCACGAUCAUCACCACUGUCUGCCUGUUCCUCGUGUUCGCAGGGUGUGCGGUCGUCAUGGCGACGUGCCGCUGCUCGGGAAGAUCCGGAGGAUGCGCUGCGAGAGAGAGCGAAUACGGAGGGCAGGAUUCGUCCGGCGAGCCCCAGCUGAAGCUCUGGAAGCGACUCGGCUCGGGACGGUACUCGUUCUCGUCGGGACCGUCGUUCCGGAGAACUCCACAGCGCUCCGCCUUGACCAAGUCUAAGCUGUCGUAUCAGCUAGAGCAAGACAGGAACGAACUGCAGGCGCAGCUUACGAUACCCUGCUUACUGCAGUAUGCUACUGAGAUCUAAACACAGGAGGCAAUUUCAUGUUUAGGUGAAAUUUCGACCCAAAGUCCGUAUAUCUUAAAACUACAAUAACAGAGGCAGACGAUCAUACAUUUUGAUGCAGCAGGACAACGAUAAUAAUAAUGUCCAGAGGUUACAACAGCUGCCUUAUGAUCUUGGCUGCUCUUUGAUGAAUUUUUUUACUGAUGCUGAUAAAGACGAUCCAGCAAGAGUCGAGCAUCCAGCAUACAGUCUAGCAGCUUUUUUUUGUGGUUUUUAAAUGUAACCGUGUUAAAUUCAGCAGGUGUGUUUCCUGUCAAGGCACACAGGGAAGGGUAAUUAUAGUUGCCAGGUUUUUACAGUGGAAUUAGAAAUUCCUUCUUUUUCUCCAUGUGAUGAAAACAAGGUCAUCGUGGCCUAUACUCAUUUCUAACAUACAUGCAUGUUCUGGUAUUUUUCAUCAUCUAUGCCAUAAUUCCCUUAAUUUUUGGAAAGAAAGUUUAUAAGAAGAAAGGUUCUGUAUGUCUUAGAUACACUGGACUUGCUCAUGCUUUGCCUUUGUUUGUAAGAAUUUAUAAGAAUUCAUUCUAAAUUACUUUCUACAAAACUGAAACUCCUCUUGAACAUGGGGCAGCGUGAGUCCUGGCCAAGCGGGCGUCUCUUACUCAGAUAAAUCACCAGUUACUCAAACAAACAUAUGAAAUAAUACUAAAACACUCAUUAUUUGAAAAAUGCUACA